AUGGCUCUUCUUCCUGGAAGCAAAUUGUACGGAAAGCUUACUCGUUAUCCAUGUAAGUCAUUUCAAGAAGUGCAAGCAAGAGCACACGUUCAAAUCAAAUGGGAAGAAGAUGAAGGAAGACUUCCAGAACGACCAAUAGAGCAGCCGAAGAAAUCUGAACAAAAGCAAGUAAGUUCGGAGGCCCCACGUUAUCCUCGCAGAGAUCCCAAGCCGAUUGAUUUGAAGAAAAAACCCCGAUCUCUUGAAUAUAAUUUGGCGAUCCCACCAAAUGAAGUCUUAUCAGUGUUGAAGAAAAUGGGAGAUGUUGUUCGAUGGCCCAACAAAGUUCGUAAACCGCUAGAUCAACGGGAUACUUCCAAAUGGUGUGAAUUUCACAACGAUUAUGGGCAUACAAUAGAUGAUUGUUUUACCCUAAAAAAAGAAGUAAUCCAAUUGUUAAAGAAAGGUUAUCUUCGGGAUUUACUAUCUGAAAGAGGAAAAGCAACAAUGGCCCAAGCCGAAAGACAAGAAGACGAACAGAAACCACCUCCCCCAGAAAAGACGAUUAACGUGAUAUUCGGCGGAUCAGAAAUUAGCGGGAUUACACACACAUCGGCAAAGAAACAUGUCAAGCAGACGGAGAAUUCUGAGGUAUGGAAUGACAAGCCGAUGGUACAAUUCACGAGACAAGUCAUCAAUUUCACAGACGAUGAGAUUACGAGAUUACUAAAUCCGCAUGAUGAUGCCUUGGUAAUUACUUUGCAAAUUGCCAAUUGUGAAGUUAAAAGAAUCAUGAUUGACGAUGACAGUUCAGCAAAUUUACUGUUUAUGUCCACACUUCAAGCAAUGGGACUUUCAGAAGCCGAUAUAAUUAGAAGUCCUAUUCCACUCAUCGGUUUCAGCGGAGAACAACAAUACACCAUCGGGUCUAUUCCUUUGCAAGUAUACGCAAAAGGAAUAAAUCUCCAGGUUUGA